CGAGCGGCCAUCACCCGGGCCAAACUAAGUCAAGAAACGCGUCACGGUCGCGGUCGGUCGUGCACCCGGGCUUUCAUCGACAGAGCCGCACCUGAGGGCUGAGGCGGGAACUUUAGCCCGGGCCCACUGCUCUGAACAGCGUACUACCCUUUUUCUACGAUAGAGCAACGCACCAGUCGGAUUUCACGGUAUUUUCCUUCCGAUUUCACAGAGCGAGGAUUGCGCAGACCGCCGAGGGUUUUUUUUGGCGAUGGUGGUAUCGUCGACUUCUUCAGCUUUUGAGUCAUCGUCGUCUUCUUCGUCUUCGUCUAUGGAGAAUUUCAGUAAUCUUCCUAUCAUGUCGCUCCGGAGCAAAAUUGUCGAGAAGAUAAUGGAGAAUCGCGUCACUCUGAUCGUCGGUGAAACCGGCUGCGGGAAGAGCUCCCAAGUUCCUCAGUUUUUACUAGAAGCAAAUAUCGAGCCGAUAAUAUGCACACAACCAAGAAGAUUCGCUGUGGUGGCAGUUGCUAAAAUGGUGGCCAAAGCUCGAAAUUGUACAACAGGGGGUGAGGUUGGAUAUCACAUUGGUCAUUCCAAGGUUAUCUCUUCAAGCUCUAAGAUCAUCUUUAAAACUGCUGGAGUUUUGUUGGAGGAAAUGCGAGAAAAAGGCAUGAAUGCUUUGAAGUAUAAGGUUAUUAUUCUCGAUGAAGUUCAUGAACGUUCUGUUGAAUCGGAUCUUGUUCUCGUAUGUGUAAAACAGUUUCUGAUAAAGAAUAGCUCAUUAAGGGUUGUAUUGAUGUCUGCAACUGCUGAUAUUUCAAGAUACAAAGAUUACUUUAAAGAUCUUGGAAGAGGUGAAAGGGUUGAAGUUUUAGGUAUCCCCAGUUCCAGUCAGCAUACCCUGUAUCAUCGUAGAGUUUCAUAUCUUGAACAGGUGGUUGAACUUUUGGAAAUGGAUUCAGAAACACCUCUGUCGUUAAAAUACUGUUCAGGAUCAAGUCCAUCAAGUGAAGCAACAAUGAACGAAGAGGUGCACAAGCUUAUACACAAUCUAGUGUUACAUAUCCACAAAACCGAAUCAGACAUGGAGAAAAGCAUUCUGAUAUUCCUUCCAACUUACUACUCCUUAGAACAACAAUGGCUUUCUCUAAGUCGUUUCAGCAGUGCUUUCAAAAUCCACAUCUUACAUAGCAGCAUUGACACAGAGCAAGCUCUUAAUGCAAUGAGAAUCUCGAAGUCACAUCGCAAGGUUAUAUUAGCAACAAACAUUGCAGAAUCUUCUGUAACAAUACCAAAAGUCGCAUAUGUCAUUGAUUCUUGUAGAUCAUUACAAGUCUACUGGGAUGCUAAUAGAAAAACCGAAUCCUCAGAGAUCGUUUGGGUAUCCGAAUCUCAGGCUGAGCAGCGUAGGGGAAGAACAGGGCGGACUUGUGAUGGUGAAGUUUAUCGACUUGUGACAGAACCGUUUUUUGGGCAGCUAGAGAAAUACGAGACUCCAGCUAUAUUGAAAUUAUCAUUGAGACAACAAGUGCUUCUUACAGCUUGUGCUGAAUCACGAACCAUAAAUGAUCCAAAGCUGUUGUUGCAAAAAGUUAUGGAUCCACCAAAACCCGGAGUUGUUGAAGAUGCAUUGGAUUUGUUAGUUCACAUUCGUGCUUUAGAGACAACAUCUCCCAGAGGGCGAUAUGAGCCAACUUUCUAUGGAAGAUUGCUUUCGAGUUUUUCAUUAUCAUUUGAUGCUUCCAUGCUUAUACUCAUAUUUGGAGAAGCUGGAAUGUUACAUGAAGGGAUUAUAAUGGGUAUCCUCAUGGAUACUCAGCCUUUACCAAUCAUUCGUCCCUUUGGUCAAGAAGCAUUGUUUUCUAAGUUCACCGAUGAUUACUAUAAUCAAAACGGUAAAAUCUCUGGUUUGAUGGGUAGGAAGGAAGUCAUAUACAUGGCAAACUUUUGUGCUUUCCACUUCUGGCAACGUACUUUUAAGGAUAACUUUCGACUUGAACGAUUGAAAAACGUGUUAAAGUUUAAAGAGACAACAGACAUCCAAAUUCCUUCCUUGAAGAUAGAAGAAGAAUGGUGUUUAUUCCACAAUCUUGUCCAGUCAUCACUCCAGCAUGUUGCAAAUAUAUAUGAUAGUGUUCUUAAUUCUAUGCAUAGAUUUCGUCCAAAGUUUCUAGCAACUUCCAGUGGUCUACCACCUUACACACCCUAUGAACAUAAGCAUACAUGUCUUCUCACAGUUGAAUCCAAUGAAGAUUCUGAUAAUUUUGCCAUAGAAGAUGACAUCAGCACUACUAUUCAUGAAACCAAAAAAUGCAUAGCUCUACCUUUUGUAGAUGCACAUGGAUUUAACAAGAAAGGUGUCUCUUUCACAUUAGCUAACUCAAUCAAAGAGAUAAGGUCAAGAUAUCUGGAGGACAUAUCUGACAACCAAGAGAUUUCAAAUUCUUACAAUGGUUCAGAAGUUUCUCAAUGUAGAUUUUUUCUCAAUGGGACAUGUAACAAAGGAAGCCUUUGUUUAUAUGCGCAUUCAUUAGAAGCUAAAAAACCAGUUUGUAAAUUCUUCCUAUCGUUACAGGGUUGUAGAAAUGGAAAUACAUGUUAUUUCUCUCACACUUCAGAUCAACCACGUUCUUUACCAAGUAAUGAGAAAGGAUCAUGCGUGUCAGAAGAUUUAUCUACUGAUGCUUCUAUGCUUUUGAGUUUAUUUCCUACUCCAGAUGAAGGAUGUGUUCUUUUAUUCGAUGAUUUUGAUAUUCAAUUCUCUGCAAAUUUUGCUCAGUUUUACAACGCGUCAUCUAUAAUAUGCACAACCUCUGCAGUUGAAACUUCAGUUGAUCCAUAUCUGAAAGAUAUAAGAAUACAUUGGGGACUCUCUCAUCCACAUGAAACCAUUAUUCCUAAAUCUUCAAAAAACAUGGGAAUCCCAUGGAAACAAGUCAAGUGCAUGGUUUGGAUUCCUAAAUUUGGUAAUGAUGUAGAGAAUAUGGAAGAACAGAAAAAUCUUGUCAAGACUUUCUUUGACUAUCUUUCCAUUCGAAUGUUGGGUGAUGCUUUACAUCAAGUCCAACUCAUCCUUGUUAUGAACAACCUCCGAUUCGCUCAACUACAGGUUGAAAAUGUUGGGAGGGAGAGUUUUUUUUACCUUAGAGAAUCGUUUGGGUUUGAUGAAUACAGCUUUGGAAAGCUUUGUGAUGGUGUGACUACUAAAAAGCCAAUGUUGACAUCUAAGGCAGUUGUGUAUGCAUUCGAUUUGUGUCCUCCACCUAAUGAUAUUCAGUUUGGGGAUUUCGCAUCACUUUUUCACAAACAGCUACAUAACUUAAGUUAGGAAAAUGGUAUAUUAUUGCUAAUGCUAGGUUUUUAGGAAUAGUAAUUAUAGGGUAAAGAUUGAAUGGGAUGUGUGUUUAUGGGAGCUAAAUUAAUUUAUAACUACGUUCUAUUCUAUUAGAUAUUAGUGAAGUGGUCGUUUUGGAU